UUUUUAAUAUUAUUUUACAAUACCGCGUAAAGGAAGUUUCCGAGGAGACCAGAGAAGAAAAGGGAUUCGGGAAGAAGCAGAAUCCUUUUUCAAGCCACCAUUAAAUUCAUUCAAGCAUUUCUUCCACAACCCAAUUCAUUGAUCCGAUCGCCUCUAUUGAGAUUUUGAUACGUUCGUUUCAAUUCAGAUUUUCUUUCUAUAAUCCGAUCGCCCGCCAUGAGUUUUCUCUUGGGCAAGCGCAAAACUCCGGCCGAACUCCUCCGGGAAAAUAAGCGAAUGCUGGACAAAUCGAUCAGAGAAAUUGAAAGGGAGAGACAAGGUCUUCAAACACAAGAGAAGAAACUAAUUGCAGAGAUUAAGAAAAGUGCCAAGCAAGGGCAAAUGGGAGCUGUGAAAGUGAUGGCAAAAGAUCUAGUUAGGACCAGGCACCAGAUUGAAAAAUUCUACAAGCUUAAAUCACAACUGCAGGGGGUAUCUCUUAGAAUUCAGACUUUGAAAUCAACUCAAGCAAUGGGAGAAGCUAUGAAAGGAGUCACAAAGGCAAUGGGACAAAUGAAUCGACAGAUGAACUUGCCAUCCCUGCAGAAGAUUAUGCAAGAAUUUAUGAAACAGAAUGAAAAAAUGGAACUGAUGACUGAAGUGAUGGAAGAUGCUAUUGAUGAUGCUUUGGAAGGGGAUGAAGAAGAGGAAGAGACAGAAGAAUUGGUCAACCAGGUUCUUGAUGAGAUAGGAAUUGACAUGAACCAAGAGCUCGUGAAUGCACCGUCGACUGCUGUCGCUGCACCAGCGGCAAAGACAAAGGUUGCACAAGCAGAAGGAACAGGGAACGACGAUGGUGGAAUAGACAGCGAUCUUCAAGCCCGACUAGAUAAUUUAAGGAGAAUGUAAAUGUAAGAUAUCUUCAUUUCUUGUGUUAUAUUGUUACUGUCCAACCAGACUAAAGGAGGGACCACUUUUGCCACUGUCAUAUAAUACCUAAUUCCAUGAUUUCCUGACCUUGUUUUGGCUAUAUGACAUAAAUGGGAAUUUAAACUUGUUCUUCAAAUAUAA